AUGACAGCUAAAGGCCCCUUCCCGGAUUUUGGCAAACGCUUCACCUCCGACCGUGAUGCCGUCGACGUCUGGGACGAUCUCUGGAAAGACGCCGUGACUCCUUGGGACCGUGGUUGUCACAACCCCGCACUCGAAGAGGCUUUGGUAAAUCGACAAGACAUUCUUGGCACUGCAAUUGAGCAUAUGGAAGAUGGAACGAUCCGACGCAAGAAGGCUUUAGUACCAGGGUGUGGGAGAGGAGUGGAUGUAUUUUUGUUUGCGUCCUUUGGUUAUGAUGCCUAUGGGCUGGAGUAUAGUAUAACAGCCUUGGGGGUGUGCGAGGAAGAGACGAAGAAGUAUAUAGAUAGUGACGGAAAGAUCCCAGCGAAAGACAAGACAGUGGGCAGUGGAGGUGUUAAAUUCUUACAGGGAGACUUUUUCACCGACGGCUGGCUAAAAGACGCAGGGCUGGAAGAGGGCGGAUUUGAUUUGAUCUAUGAUUAUACGUUCUUCUGUGCUCUAAACCCAUCGUUUCGACCCAAGUGGGCACUUCGCCAUUAUCAACUGCUGGCGCCAUCACCACGUGGAAAUCUCUUAUGUCUUGAAUUCCCAACGAACAAAGAGCCCAGUUCUUCGGGGCCCCCUUUCGCCUCCACAUCCGCUAUGUAUAUGGAACAUCUUAGCCACCCCGGUGAAGAAGUUCCGUACAACACAGACGGCCAUGUCAAGGUAGACCCCGCAAAACAGCCGAGCGAAAAGAGUUUCGAGCGUGUUGCACACUGGCAUCCUGAAAAAACGCACAAAAUGCUGAUGGGCGAAGACGGCAAACACUAUGACUGGGUCUCGAUCUGGCGUCGGCGAAAUUAG